CGCCACGACACGUGACCACGCUCCACUCGCCCUGCAGGUCGUAACGGUCCGUGGAGUGCGGCUUGUGGCUCGGCUGCCGCGGCGGAGACGAACGCGGAUGGAGUGGACGUGACCGCCCAGAUGGAAGCGGGUCGUGUGGACUUCUACACUGGCCUCUCCCUGGCCGUGUGCUCCAGUCUUUUCAUCGGCGCUAGUUUCAUUCUGAAGAAGAAAGGCCUGCUGCGAUUGGCCAACAAGGGAUCCACGCGAGCAGGUCAAGGCGGCUAUGCGUACCUAAAAGAAUGGCUGUGGUGGGCGGGGCUCAUUUCAAUGGGAGCCGGAGAGGCCGCCAACUUUGCCGCCUAUGCGUUUGCGCCGGCCACGCUCGUUACCCCUCUGGGAGCUUUGAGUGUGCUAGUAAGCGCCGUGCUGUCGUCUUACUUCCUCAACGAGCGUCUGAACGUGCACGGCAAGAUGGGCUGCCUGCUGUGCGUGCUGGGCUCCACUGUCAUGGUGGUGCACGCCCCCCAGGAGGAGGAGGUGGCGUCCCUCAGCGCCAUGGCAGAAAAACUGAAAGACCCAGGUUUCAUUGUGUUUGCUGUGUGCGUUGUGGGAAGCAGCUUGGUGCUUAUCUUUGCCGUGGCGCCGCGCUUCGGACAGAAGAAUGUGCUGGUCUACAUCAUGAUCUGCUCCGUCAUUGGCUCCCUGUCUGUGUCUUGCGUCAAGGGUCUGGGCAUCGGCAUUAAAGAACUGGUCGCAGGGUCCGCCGUACUGAAGGAGCCCCUCUUCUGGUGCUUGCUGGUCUGCCUGGCGCUGUGCGUCAGCAUCCAGAUCAGCUACCUAAACAAGGCCCUGGACAUCUUCAACACCUCUAUCGUCACGCCCAUCUAUUACGUGUUCUUCACCACAUCCGUGAUGGCCUGCUCCGCCAUCCUCUUCAAGGAGUGGCUGCGCAUGAGCCCCGGCGCCGUGGUGGGCACCAUCAGCGGCUUCCUCACCAUCGUGCUGGGCAUCUUCAUGCUGCACGCCUUCAAGGACAUCCCCUUCAGCUGGGACUCGAUGCCCCUCUACCUGAGGAAGGGGGCCCGGGACCUACGCCGGGACCCCCGACCUUACGCGGCCCUCCCCGCCCGCGACAACCCUGCCGAGGGGGAGGUGAAGCCGCCUUUGGGGGGCGGCGCCGCCAAAGAUGGGUGGGCUUCACAACAACAGAAAGACCCCUAAAGAGAAACACAGCAUAUAUACACGGUGGGCAAAAGUAGGUGUACAGUGGGAGGAAAGAAGUCAUUUGGAAUUCGUGAAAUUUCUGCAUCAAUUGAUCACAUUCUUUUUUUCUCCCACUGUACAUUCGGCAUACCAAAAAAAAACAAAAUGCAUUUAUUACAUUCACAGGUUUGUUUUCUCGUGAGCUCCUUCCUGAACUCUAUCCUUCCUUUCUUUCUUCCCUCUCUCCUUUCUUCUGUCGCAAAGGCUUUUUUUUUUAACUGUGCAUCCUUCCUUCCUUUGCCAAAACCCGCUUUUCUGCCUGGCUUGAACCGGGUCGUAACUCGCCAAAUCAUUUGGGGGCCCACGGCAAACAUAGUUACGCUAUAAUGCUGAAGAUAAGAGUUCCUCCUGACAAAUCAUAUGCUAAACCACCAUAUUUGUUUCAAAGAAAGCCCUAUUGUUAAAUGAUGACUUGAAUGAUGAUUUAGUAGUUGCCUCCAAUUAAAUAAAUGCCAUAUCUUGUUAGUUGUAAUAAUUUGAUGGCAUUAUAAAAUAAGUACUGUGACGAAUAUUUUAGGUCAUGAGGUGAGAAAGAGUGAGAAUUUCAGUUCUCGCCACCUGGAAGUUGAAUGAAUAAAUGCCCCAGGUGGCACUAUUUCAAGGAAUAAUCUAUAGGUUCAUUGAUGCAGCGACAUACAACUUAACUUUUUGCUUUAUCUUGUAUUUGCCAAAACUGAGUUUUUUUCCCUGCACUUCAAUCACAUUCGUGGGGAAGUUGGAAUAACUUCCAAUAAUUUUAACAUCUCACAAGACCAAAGAAGAAUGUUCCCCCUGUUGACUUUGUGUAUUUUACAUACAAACAUGCAUGCAUGACUGAAUCAUUUGUAACUUUAUUUCAUACAAUAUGUACAAUCAAACGUUUAACAGUUAAGCACACCUCCAUCCUCAGUCAAGGUGUCGUCUUAAUAUAAACCUGACCUGCAGUGUUUGUGGCUGACGGGCACGUCUUGGAUGUUUGCUUUGCCUCCUAAAAUGUUUUCCGCUUGCAAAAUCUGUUGACAGCCUGUGGCCGCUGAACUGAUUUCCACGUUGACACGAUUAAAAAGAAAUGCUAGCGACA